AACCUCAAACUGGAUUUAAACUCGUGAGCCCUCCUGAGUCGGGGGAUCUCUUUAGGACAUUCAAGGUAAGCAGAUACCAAACUUGAAAAAAAUGGCUCCAUGUGGUUUUCUGAAUCCACUGUCCUCAUUCAGAUUUGAGGAUAAAAUCAAGUUUUCCGCCAGUCAGCAUCUUUCUUUUGCAAGAAGCAAAUGGUUUACGAUCCACGAGACCGAGAGCCAAAGUGACGAGCGGAGCAUCAAGCCACCAGAUUUCUCUCUUAAACUGUACAGAUCUCUGACAGUCCCCCCAAAAAGAGAAACAAAGGCACAUUCAAAGGUAGCCGUACCUCGACAUAAUGAAACAAAGAGGGGAACUGGAACAUUUCUACCAAAGGUUUUACAUGAGCGGCACCACAGGGAAGAAACUGCUGAGUUCAUCACAUCAUUCAGAUGUCCUGAUACUCUGGAAUGUGACCUGAAGUUUGUUAAGACAGGGAAGUACCCUUCUGGGCCUUACAAGAACCCCAAACCACAUAACUUCAGACCGCUCGAUGUUGACCUUCCAGACAUCGUUACUACAUACGAGAGAGACCCUGGUAAUCUGAAGUUAAAAUUAAAGCACUUGGACAUUCUUCUGACCACUAGAUCCGAGUCAGACUUUAGUUCAGCUGACGCCAAGAUGAGGAUGGACACCUUUAAACCAGCAGAGCCCAGAUGGGAUGCGAGGCUCGUACUCCCUCAGCCGCCUUGGCCUCCAAAAUCAGCUUCCUAUACUGUCAGUGGGGUUUUGGCAUCAAAUUCCAUAAAGAACCACUUCUGUGUUACUUCAGUAUUCUGUGCUAAAUUUCAUCACCACGUUUCAGACCGAGACAUAGUUUUUACUCCAGUAGAUUAGACAGCUGUAGAUACUUUCAGAUUAAGAUUGUACACGCAAAACAUGCGAUGAAUUUACUAAACAUGAUGCAUUGUUAGUGAUUAAACAACCCACCAGAAUACGAAGCAGCUACAUUUUCUUCCACCUCAGCUAACUACAACAGUAAGGUACCCUGUGCAAUCAAUAAUAAAGAUCCAUUAACAGUGAGCACUUUUACUCUGAAACUUUAAAGGGGAAAGUGUAAAAUAUGGUCAGAAUCCAACAGCAGCUCCUAAAACACAGGGGACAGCAUAUCACCAGAGUAACCAUCAACUCCUGCUAACUGGUUAGCAUGCUAGCUGCAGUAGAUAACUCAAUGUCUUUGACGUAACGUCAACACUGUUGUUUCUUCACAUUCUGUUUAUAAUGAUUAUGUAAUUUCAUUUUUUGAAUGUUUUCAAGUAAAUUUCUUGAUAUGGUU